CACCGAAUUGCGCAUUUUAGCGAGCUUGAAUCAAUUUGGAAUCUGACAGCCGUGCGCUCCAUUCGACAGGUGUCUCUAGUCAUCUGCGUUCUGCCGCCGUCCAAGCUCGUCAACGAAGGUGCACAACAGGUGCAUUUCCGUGGCCGACGGGUAAUUUUACCGGGUAAAAUCCCUCGAUAUGUUUCGGUGCGUAUCUUGGCAACAAUCCCAUAUACUAGGUACAGUCUUGGAGGCUGCUUUUCUAGGAUGUCUAACGGAAUGGCCUUUUACCUCCCCCUUUGUUCUUGUGUUCAUGUCGCAAUUUUACACCCAAGAUACCAAUAGAAAUACGACACCCCGCCAAAGAGCAAGGGUUUGGAGGUUCACCGAUGCUUCAGUCCAAAAGGCAGAUGUACACACAGAACAUGCGGCUUUCGCAGAGGGUUUACGUCGCGGUAUUGAUGUGGACAGUUAUGACUGUCCAAACCGUCUUGUCGCAGCAUCUUUCCAUCAAUAGACCUAGACGGGCGGUCCGUCGAUUGCUUCCCGACGCAAUGCUACCAUGCUGUUUGGAGUGUGUAGACAGUGCUCUGCCCUACUGAGCCAGUUCUACCGUU